CGAGGCCCGGGCCUGAGGAGAAGGGGAGGGCCGCCAUGUUGGGAGCAGGGGCGCGAUGGGGCCUGCGGCUCCUGGGCCGGGCCGGACGACGACGAGGAGGAGGAGGAGGAGGAAGAGAAGGAGGAAGAAGUCGAGGAGGAGGAGCCCGAGCCGUCAGCACCAGCUGGGCCCCGGUGGGGGCCGCCUUCAACGUGCGACCCCAGCCUCCCCCAGCCGACCCGGGCGGCCCGCGCCGGGGCCUGUUUGGGGUACCCGAGCUGAGUUCUCCAGAAGGAUUCCACGUGGCCCAGGAACAAGCGUUGCGGGAAUCGGACUGUCUGGUGGCCAAGGCUUGCGCUGUGCCGGCUGGGGCCCAGACGGUGCAGAUCUUCGACCAACUCUCCGACGCUCUGUGUCGAGUAGCAGACUUGGCUGACUUUGUGAAAAUUGCCCACCCGGACCCUGCGUUCAGAGAGGCUGCAGAUGAGGCGUGCAGGAGCAUCGGCACCAUGGUGGAAAAAUUAAAUACAAAUGUGGAAUUGUAUCAGAGUUUGAGAAAAUUGCUGACUGAUGACAAGCUGGCGGAGUCCCUUGAUCCAGAAACCAGGAAAGUGGCAGAGCUACUGAUGUUGGAUUUUGAAAUCAGUGGAAUUCAUUUGGAUGAAGAAAAACGUAAAAGGGCCGUGGAUCUUAAUGUGAAAAUCCUGGAUCUAAGCAGUGCUUUUCUGAUGGGGACGCACCUUCCCAACAAGAUUCCCAAGCACCUUAUACCGGAACCCAUCCGCUAUAACUUCGAACAUGAUGGGGACUAUGCUCAAGUCUGCAGCCUCCAUGCAGAGUCUCCAGACGAUCUGAUGAGAGAAGCUGCUUACAAGAUCUUCCUUCAUCCCCACUCCGGCCAGUUGAACUGUCUGGAGGAACUUCUGCGCAGCAGGGAUAGCCUGGCCCAGUUGGUUGGGUAUUCGACCUUCGCCCACAGAGCUCUUCAAGGAACAAUGGCCAAAAGUCCAGAGAUUGUAACACAGUUCCUUGAUAAACUGUCUGACAAGCUUUCUGAAAGAGCUGUAAAGGAUUUUGAGAUGAUGAGAGGGAUGAAAAUGAAGCUAAAUCCCCAGAAUUCAGAAUUGAUGCCUUGGGACCACCCCUACUACAGUGGUGUCCUGCGUGCUGAGAGGUAUAACAUCGAGCCCAGUUUAUACUGCCCGUUCUUCUCCCUCGGAGCAUGUAUGGAAGGUCUGAACUUACUGUUCAAUCAGCUUCUAGGAAUCACUUUGUAUGCCGAGCAGCCAGCGAAAGGGGAGGUGUGGUGUGAGGAUGUACGCAAGCUGGCUGUGGUCCAUGAAACUGAAGGAUUGCUGGGAUACAUCUAUUGUGAUUUCUUUCAGCGUGCCGAUAAGCCCCAUCAGGAUUGCCACUUCACCAUCCGAGGAGGCAGGCUAAAGGAAGAUGGGGAGUACCAGCUUCCAGUGGUCGUGCUGAUGCUGAGCCUGCCCCAUUCAACCAGGAACUCCCCAACCUUACUCACCCCGGGCAUGAUGGAGAAUCUUUUCCAUGAAAUGGGCCAUGCCUUGCACUCCAUGCUGGGUCGCACCCGCUACCAACAUGUGACUGGCACCCGAUGCCCCACUGAUUUUGCUGAGGUUCCCUCUAUCCUGAUGGAGUACUUUGCGAGUGACUUUCGGGUGGUUACCCAGUUUGCAAAACAUUAUCAGACCGGUCAGCCACUGCCAAAACCUAUGGUGUCUCGCCUUUGUGAAUCCAAAAAGGUCUGUGCCGCAGCUGACAUGCAACUCCAGGUCUUUUAUGCUGCUUUGGAUCAAAUCUACCACGGGAAGCAUCCUCUAAAGAGGUCGACCACAGACAUUCUAAAGGAAACCCAGGAGAAAUGUUAUGGUCUCCCAUAUGUACCUAACACUGCCUGGCAGCUGAGGUUCAGCCACCUUGUGGGAUACGGAGCCAAAUACUACUCCUACCUCAUGUCACGGGCCGUGGCCUCCAUGGUGUGGAAACGCUGCUUUGUGCGUGAUCCCUUCAACAGGGCUAUGGGUGAGCGCUACCGCAGGGAGAUGCUGGCUCAUGGAGGUGGCCGGGAGCCUUUGCUCAUGGUUCAAGGCAUGCUGGAGAAGUGUCCCUCGGUCGAAGACUUUGUGGAGGCCCUGGUGUCAGACUUGGACCCCGACUUUGAGACUUACUUCCUGGACUCUGAGUAGCGCAGACCACAUUAACCACCUUGGAAAGGCCCAGCUGGGGAAACUUGUGCCCGCCUUUCAUUGUGCUUCUGGGGAACGACCUCUGUAAAUCCCAAAUUGAAAAAGUCUUGAAAUAAAUCAUUUGUUGUAAUGAC